GACCACCCUCGCUAUCGCACGGAUUUAACAAGCACUUUUAUGCCUGCAUGGCGCCUGCAAUCGAGGUCUAGGAGGCCCCUGCCCCUGGCCUACACUCUUCAAGUUCCAGCUCUUGAUCAGGUCUGGACUGUGGAGAUUUUCGGUUGAUUGGAUGCUCAAAGUUUCAGGCGCCGCUAAGCAGCAGCUUGCCUAGCAGACCAGUGAAGCAUAGGGUCCCUGCUGGGAUUCCUUGUAGAAACUCAUGGGAGGAGGAAAGCGGAAAGGGCGGUCGCCAGAAGCGGGUGGGUCAACUGAGGGCAAGCUGCCGCAAAAAAAGUUCUACCGCGCCCGUGCCCACAGCAACCCCCUCAAUGACUCCCACUUUCCUGUUCCCUUGAGCCCCACCUAUGUGCCGUGGUCUGCCCACUUCCCGGCCUUCUUCCCCUCCACGCCCGUGCCAGCUGUCCCCCUCCCUGCCAGCUGCUCCACGCCCACCUCCUCUCCUGCCCCCACUGCUGCUUCCAGCAGCGGCGUCCCGGUUGAGCCGCCUGCUGUGCGGUUUGCUGAUGUUGGAUGCGGCUUUGGGGGCCUGCUCGUGAAGCUGGCCCCGCUCUACCCUGACACCCUCAUGCUCGGCAUGGAGCUGCGCGACAAGGUGAGCGAGUACGUGCGGGAGCGCAUCGGCGCACUGCGCGUGGCGCACCCUGGGCAGUACGGCAACGUGUCGGUGAUGCGGAGCAACGCGAUGAAGUACCUGCCCAACCUGUUUGUCAAGGGCCAGCUCACCAAGAUGUUCUUCCUCUUCCCGGACCCGCACUUCAAGGAAAAGAACCACCGCCGCCGCAUCAUCACGCAUGCCCUCCUCGCUGAGUAUGCCUACUGCCUCGCCCCAGGCGGGCGGCUGUACACGAUCACGGACGUAGCGGAGCUGGGCGAGUGGAUGCGCACCACCCUGGAGCAGCACCCCCUCUUUCAACCCCUCACGCCCGAGGAACUGGCGGCGGACCCGGUGGUGGCCCUGCUGGACACCUCGUCGGAAGAAGGUCAAAAGGUGGAACGAAAUCAAGGACAGACCCACCGAGCAAUUUUCAAGCGUGUUGCAUAUUCUGAUUGAGGAGGCACUAACGGCUAUGCAACAAGGCAGACGACAUCUUUCCUUCGCCAAGAAAAUCUAACGAGACGGAGCAUUUCAUCUCGGAUUUCUGACCCGCCAUGUAUGCUUGUGCUGUAUAUACUGGGACCCGCGGCCACGCGGUAUUGAUUAGCCCACUGAGGGUCAUCGGAUCUUAGAGAAGCAAGCGUCAUGCAUUAAUUCACCGGUCCCCGGGC